CUAAGCAUCGCCCCUCCAUGGCAUCUGUAUCAGCUCCUGCCCUGGCUUCCCUCAGUGGUGGACAGUUACCUAAAAGCAUCAGGGGAGUACAAACCCUCCUUCCCAAGGUUCUGGGUGCUUCAACAGCCUCUUUUGCCUGUUCUCUCAAUACUAGCAGCUCCAAACUACAACUGUCCUAGCCUAUCUGCUCAGCUCAGUCUCCACCAACUGUCCUCUCACUCUGCUAGCCCCAUUCCUUUUUCCUCUGCCUCAGCUGGCUUUUUGUAUAAUCUAUCCUGUUCCCAGAAAUCUGAGAGGCAACCAACACUGAAGGUCAUAAGGUCAAGCAGUUUUAACAACGAAAAACUCUUAAAGGGCCAGCUGACUAGCAACUGGGGAUCCUUUAAAGGGCCAAGUGCACAAGAUAAAUUACACUACAGUAAUAUGAACCCUAAUUAAGACCCCAGGCUAGCCAUGAAUUUCUGGCUGUGCUCCCCAGUGCUAGAGUCAUAAGAAUGAGCCACUUGGCUGGCUAGACUGGAGCGAGUCUGUGGUUGAAUUUGCAGGCUGAAGAGAAGCAGUUAUCCUCCAGCUUGUGAAUUUACUCCCAGAGAAGGCAAAUUAGGAAAGAGAAAUUUGCCAAGGACAAAGUAGCAUUUGUGUCAGCCUUGUGGGAGCCUAGACACAGGCUUGAUGUGAGACAGCAUGUCUGGAGUGUGGCCAACAAGGGACAAUUGGCGAAUGCCUUUUCCGCUGGAGUUCGUGUUAGGAGAACCUGCUAUGGCUACAUCUCAUUUAUGUUACUGACUCUUUGGUCUCCUAGAAGUCAAGCUGGGACAGGCCAAGAUCUCAGGCAUAUAGCUAAAAACAACAACAACCAAAAAAACCCACCUCAUCAGGCUGGUCAUUCAAGGGCUCAGAAAUGAUUUCUCAGAGGCCAAAGGCCACUUCCUUGAAAUGUUCAGUUUCCCUGUGCUGGUAAGGGGAUACGCCUUGCCCUGGACCCCUUGAAGAAGGAGCUUUAAUGUUUCCCUUUAGUCAUCCCUGCUGUGUGUGUUACCUCGUGCAUUCAUUUCAGGAGUUGGUAGUGUUCAGGGACGUGGCCGUGGAGUUCUGUAAGGAGGAGUGGGAGUGCCUGGGCCCUGAGCAGAGGUCGCUGUACAGAGAUGUGAUGCUGGAGAACUACAGCAACUUUGUGUCCCUGGGACUUGCCAUUUCUAAGCCAUCAGUAAUUUCACUACUGGAGCAAGGCAAAGAACCCUGGAUAGUGGAGCAAGCAGGAUGGUACCCAGAUUUGCUGUCUGUAAAUGAAGCUAAGAAUUUGUCUCUAAGGAAUGGCAUCUUUGGAAAGGAGUCGUUAAAAUGGAAAAUAAUAGAAAGAGUUGGUAGUUCUUGCCUUGAAGAAUCUUGUUUUGGAGAUGAUUGGAAAUGCAAGGGACUCCUUGAGGCAAAAGGGGAAUCUACAGAGGAAUAUUUACAGGGAGUGACAGACCCUUUGGAAGACACAUCAGCCGAAUUCGUUCAGCCUCCACCCAUUGCUCUGAGUGAGGUGACUCAUUCCAAAACGAAACUCUCUGAGCAGGUCGCAGGUGAGACCAUCACUCAACAGGUGCGAAUUCCUACCAGUGACAAACUUAAUGAAAUGUACGAGAAUGCCUUUAUCUAUUACACAGAUGAGAUGAAGCGUCAGCGGGAUUUUGCUGGGGACAGAUGUGAUGAACUGAAGGGGUGCAGCAGAGGAUUUGCCUAUGACUUUCAGCUCGCCCCGUAUCAGAUCAACAAGAAGCCCUACCAGUGUGAGAUCUGUGGGAAGAUCUUUGAGAAGCAUGCUUACCUUGUUCAGCAUAACCGCUUUCACACGGGGGAGAAACCCUGCGAAUGUAAGGAGUGCGGGAAAGCCUUCACCAACUGCUCGCUGCUCGUCCAGCACCAGAGAGUUCACACGGACGAGAAGCCGUACGAGUGCAAGCACUGUGGGAAGGCCUUCCUCUACUUCUCCACGUUUUUUCAGCAUCAGAGAACCCACACCAACGAGAAGCCAUACGAAUGCCACAAAUGUCAGAAGGCCUUUAACAAGAGUGCCAAUCUUACCAGACAUCAAAGGAUCCACAGCGGCGAGAAACCCUAUGCGUGUAACUUAUGUGGAAAGACCUUCACUUGGGCGUCCAACCUGAAUGAUCACCAAAAGAUUCACACCGGGGAAAAACCUUAUGAGUGUAACUACUGCGAAAAGGCCUUUCUCUGCCAUUCGGCGUUCAUGAAACACUAUAGAACUCACACAAACGAGAAGCCCUAUGAGUGCCAGGAGUGUAUGAAGGCCUUUAGGCAGAAAGCCCAUCUCAUCCAGCAUCAGAGAGUCCACACUGGCGAAAAACCUUACGAAUGUAAGGAGUGUGGGAAGGCCUUCGCGUGUCCUUCCUACUUUAACAGACACCAGAGAAUUCACACGGGAGAGAGGCCUUAUGAGUGUAAAGAGUGUGGGAAGGCUUUUAUUGAUUGUAAGACCCUCAUUCUGCACCAGAGGAUCCACACUGGAGAGAAGCCCUUCCAGUGUCAGCAGUGCAGCAAAGCCUUCAGGCAGAGGUCCCACCUUACGCAACAUCAGAGGAUCCACACUGGAGAGAAGCCCUACGAAUGCAAGGAGUGUGGGCAGGCCUUCACCCGGCUCUUACAGGUAAAGAAGCACCAGAGAGUACACACAGUGGGAGAAAUCCUGUGUAUCUGAACACUGCCCUCUUAUUUAUUGAAGAGCCCUUGUUCAGCAUCUUCACAACCAUACAGAAGAUAAAUAUUAAUAAGUCAGAAAUGUGGGAAACACCUUUAUGUGUCCCUCAGCUAUCUAUCCAGACUGCUGGAAAAGCCUUCUAGAAGUGAGGGGUGUGGAACAACCUCUCAUACUGUGCUUCACGUUGUGUAAUUCAUACUAUGAUCAGAAUAGGAAACUCUCCUUAUUUUCAGCUAUUCGUUAUGGAAUAAGAGUUGGUCAGAGAGAACCAUCUGAUGACUGACUGUACUAUUUUUUUUGUGUGUGUGCUUUUUUUCCUUUUCUUCUUUUCUUUUUUUGGCUUUAUAACCUACUGUUUAUUGAGUAUUAAUUCACAUAGGAAAAAUAAAAAUUAAAUUAUGAAUAGAAAUACUAAUUCUGUUACCAGUAGAAGGGUUCUAUUUAAUUAUAGCUAUAGACAGUACCACACAGAGAACAAUGGUGGGCAUGCUGUCAGCGUAGGAGUUUCACAUGCAUCGAUUGCUGACUGUAUUUUAUUAAGUUGACUUCAGCCCUGCUUCAGAUUGCUGCCUUGUAGCUGGUAGGAUGGUUGUUUUUGAGGACGGGAUGAAUCAGUAAAUGGAGUCUUUGGCGUAGCUGCUAGACAGGAUCAGGAAGGAUUCAGAACCGUCCUCUUAGGAUGGUCUUUGUUACUAUUUUUGGAACAUUCAUAUCCACUUCAUCCAUGAAAUCUCCUGUCAGUGCUUGUCCCAUGCCAAAGCUCUCAAAAGGAGUUCUGGAGUGACAGUGAUUGGAAUGGAACAUGAGCAGAUUUCCGCUUGGACUUGAGUUGAGUCAGAAAGCCGACCCUAACAAGGCCACAUGGACUCACUGCUCAGGGUGCCCGGAGACAGCAAAGGACAGUCGGAUCUGCGCAGGACAAGAAUUGGAACAAACUCAUAAUCUGUCACCAUCACCACGUGACUCUCAGUCAUGUGAAAAAUGCAGUCUGAAUAUACAGGUUGCUUCGGUGUGAAAGAACGACAGCUUUACACACUAAAGCCUGCGUGGUUCGUUUGAAUAGAUGCUAUCAAAUUACAUACCCCCUGUCCCCCAAAAAACGAUAGCAGAAAUACAUAUUAUAUACACUAAUCAAUGAAUUUAAAGAAGUCUCUAAAAACCAUCAAUAAAAUGCAUAACUGGACUUUAAGAGCUUUUUCCAAACCAUCUGAUACAUAGACAGGUUUUCCAGGGCCUAAGGGGACAUUUGAAAGACACAAACGCAACCAUCAGAGCUAAUGGAAAGUAGAACAUUCUCAGGCAGAAGUGUGCUUGUUUAGUUGGCCUUGGCAGGUUUUAUUUUAAGACAGGGUCUUUCUUAAACUUGCGGCAAUCCUCCUGCUUGAACCUACUGAGUGCUGGGAUUAGAAGUGUGAGCUUCCACAUUGGCUUGAACUUGGAGCCUUGAGCCUGCUCAGCUUGGCUCUGCCCCAGAGCCUUUUAUCCCCGGCUCUCUUUAUUCUGAGACAAGCAGGGUCUUGGCUAAAUUGCCUAGGCAAGCUUUGAUGCCCUUACAUUAGCCUUUCAAAUAGUUGGGACUGUCACCUCUGUCACCAGGUACAGAUAGAAAGUUUGCCUACUAUAAAAUAAUGGAUUCAUUAUAGAAUGUAUUAUCAUUACAUAAAUUUUGCAUGAAUGUAUACAAAUUUUUUUGAUUGGCUCAUAAACCUAUAGUAAGUUUGAGUAAAGCCAGGAUACUCUUCAAAAAAAAAAAAGAAAGAAAGAAAGAAAGAAAAAUGUGUUGUGUUACCAUAUGUGAAACAUAUGGUAGUGUUUGUUUGAGAUAGGGUCUCACGUGGCCCAGGCUANCCUUAGUCUCAUAAUCCUUAGCUCCCCAAGUGCUGGUGCAUCAGACACCAAGGAAAAGAUUAUCAACAGCACAUUUGCCAAUUCAUCCUUUUUUAAGGUUAAAUAACCUUUUUAGUGAGAAAAAAUUAUAAAUCUCAAAAGUAUAUUGGUGCACUCGUGUAAUCCCAGCUCUGGGAAGGCAGAUGCAGGAAAAUUGGAUCUGUUCAAGCCCAAACUGGUCCACGUGAGACCCUGUCGUAUGCCAGAGUCCUUAAAGAAGGUACUAUAAAAAGCCACCAGAUUUCAAAAUCAGGCAGCAAGCAAAGGCAGUGAACAUUGGAAUUUGCCAGUGGGAAACUGUGUGGUAGAAUGGUUGACACAAAUUGUAUCAGUAACUCCAAUAACCUUUUGAAUAGGUUGAUUGCUGUAGUUGAGGGAAAGUUUUUCCUUAUUUAAAUGGAAUACUAGGUGGGUGUGGCAUGUAUCUGGAAUUAUCCCUAGCAAGGCAAAGAUAAUAUUGCUGUGGCUUCAGAUUAGCCUGAGGUCCAUAGAGCAGCCCCAGCUCAAAAGUGGGAAAAGAAAGACAGACAAUGCUAUGGAAAGAUUUAAACUGAGGGAUGGGGGGGGGGGAGGCAACAACAACAACAACAGCAACAAAAAAAAACCAUGCUGUUGAGAUACUAACCAAAGGAGUUCAAGAAGAAAUAACAAAAAAUGGUUUACCAAAAAAUUAGGAAAAAAAGAACCUAAUGUGCGACGAUUCAUUAAAAGGGUCGGGAUGCUUUUAUUUGUAUGCAACCAGUAGCAUGGGCUCCAUAAAGAAAAAGCAAAAGUUAAUCAGAACUACAAAGAAAAGCCAGCUGGGACUUUAAUGUGGCUGUCAGGCAAAAUCAGGACAGCACAUUUGAACAAAGUCCAUUGAAAAGUCUCACACACACAUGGCCUCUCCCAAAUUUACAAAACAUUCUUUUAUAUAAGAACUUAUUUCCUGUGCCUUAAACUUCAAGUCUGAGUCAGCAUCAGUCAGUUCAAAUUUAUAUAAUGCGUUCUUACAUAGGCACAGAGGUGUUGCUCCAUGUACUUUGAAAUAUAAUCUUAAAUAUCCUUGAAGCAACCAUUAGUUACAGAAAACUUAAUGGAGCUGAGGGGGAAGUAGUAGUUUGUGAUAUGCAGUCGUGUGUAGCAGACAGGGUUUCCAGGAAACAGGUCAAUGAAGAAUUCAUUGUCUCAAAAUGAUGGAGCAUUUUAAAAGGUAGACGCAAAUGUAACAAGUUAGGGAUAUAGUGGGAAGCAAAAGUUCAUAAGUUUUUAAACAAUUGACAUAUUCUGGGAUAAUCUUUAGCUGUUAAGAAGGAUUUAUUGACAUUGGUAGUGAUGUCUCUCACAUCUUUAACCCUAGCAGAGGCUAGAUGAUUUCUGAGUUCCAGGCCAGUCUGGUCUACAUAGUGAGACCCUGACUGGGGGAAACAAAAGUGGGGAUCACCAGGCAGAUAUCCUAAGGCCUGCAUUCCAGCCCUCAGGAGUGCAGGCCCUGAGCAGCCUGGGCUACGAAAUGAGACUCCUCAACAUUGAAACUGAACCCUACACAUUAUUGAAGAAUGAGUCCUUUAGCACUUCUAAGUGUAGAAAGUGGAAUAUGUUAGAAAAUAAAGACUAACGCCCCCAUUCAUAGUCCUUGUCUGUCUAGUGGGUUUUUUGGCCUUAACCACAGUUAAUUGAGUCAACCCCUUUCUGAGGUAUGUAGAAACCCUUUUCUCCCUUGAGGUAGAGAAUGAGGUGAUGAUCUUUGUACAUAUUAGCUUCUAUCUGCAGAUAUAUAUUAAAGAUCCAUCCCUACUUUCUAGUAUAUGUACAUUUACAAAAGGACAAUAUUACUAGCUUUUGGUUCUUUCUCUAAUGUUAUAUAGUGCCCCUACCCAAUAAUUUUUCUGACACUUUUUUGUUUGUUAAAGCUUUGAUUUCGGUAAUCUGUUAAGUGAAAGGUGUUAUGACAGUUUUAAUUUGCAUUUUUCCUGCUGUAUGUAACUUGCAUCUAAUGCCAUAUUUUCCUAUUUUCAAAUAUUACAUUUUCUGUGGAGUGUCUCAAUACCAUUUUCUGUUGAAUGAUUGUUUUCCUGAUGGCUAUGUAAGACUUACAAUCCUCUAGACUGUGUUUAUACCAGUUUUCUUUUUUUUUAAUGCCUGGUUUGGAUUUGUAGACUUAAGCAAUUUAUGAUUGGAAGGCAUCUGUCUUGGUAUUAAUGCUUGUAAAUCAUUUUCCCCCAUUCCAAUAUAUUUUCCAAAAUCCCA